AAUUUACUCUAAGAAAUCCAAGAUUUCAUUCCGUUAGCUGAGACUGUUGUGAGCACACACCAGCAGUGGCAAUAGCAACAAAGUUGCGGCAAUAAUAUUCGCUGUCCAAAUUCUUAAACGUGUUCAAACGUUAUUAUUAUUAUUAUUAAUUAUUAUUAUUAUUAUUAUUAUUAUUAUUAUUAGAGUGUGUGUGUUCGUAUGUGUAAGGCCUCGUAAUAAAAGCUUCUACGAUGUUCAAUUUUGGGAGUAACUUCUCAUUUUAUCCUGUUCCACUGGUUGUUUGGCUGACUGUUAUAACAUCCCUUCAAGAAAUCACUCAGGCAACUGAAGAUUUACAAUUUCUUAAGAAUGAAACUGAUUCUAUAAUUCUAACUCCGAACAACGAGACAGAAUCAGUUACCGAAACCGUUUUUAUUUCAAGUGAAAGCCUAGAGAAUGAAGGCCACGCAUUCACCACCGAGCGAAACGACCUGAUGUCUACUGAGUCUGUUGAUUCGAACAAUAACAGCACUGACUAUUCCAUGGUUGAUUUCUUUUCUAAUAGUAAUGGAAGCUUUACUAAUGAAACAGACAGUCAAGAAGUUUCGAAUGCAAUUGAUGACGACUCCAUAUUGGCAAUCGAUGGUUUCAAUGAUUCGGUCACAGACAAUUCAGAGGCACCGGGAACAACCAACGCGAACGAUACGCACGUUUCGUAUUCUCAGAACAAAUAUAUCGAGGAUUCUACCCAGGAAAUACAAUCAGUGAAUACAGAAGAAGUUAAUGAGACAAUAGUCUCAAACACAAGUGAGAUUUGUGGGCGAAAGCUUCACCACCGUCACAAUAGAAGGAAAAGAGUUAUUGGUGGCGGCAGAAUAUUUCCUGGCGACUUUCCUUGGUUGGUGUCCUUAUAUUUCGAAGGGAAUCAUCCUUUCCAAGUAAAAUCCGGUUUCAAACAUCUUUGCGGUGGCACUUUAAUCCACCCACAGUGGGUCUUAUCUGCUGCACACUGUUUUGACGCGAUCGCGUUCAACCAUCUUAAUGAUACCAAUUAUUGGACAGUUGUAGCUGGUGAAUACGACUUGAGGAAAAAUGAAAGCUAUGAACAGUUUAGAGCCGUCGAAAAAAUCAUCAGACAUGAAAACUCUACAAUAAAACCUCUCAAAUAUGACAUUGCAUUAUUGAAACUGCAAGAACCUGUCGUUAUUAGCAAGUACGUCAAUACGAUUUGCCUUUACAAGAACGAGUCUUUCAUUGUGGGUGAGACGUGUACUAUUACCGGAUGGGGUACCCAUUCUACCUACGGCAAAGGUUCUGCAAUACCUUACCAAACGAGUUUAGAUAUCAUUUAUGACGCAGUCUGCGAAGCAAGAGUGUUUACUCUGCCAGACGAGGGACGAAAUUCGUAUACAUUUUAUGACGGUGCUUUCUGUGCCAGCGGCUACUCCAAAGAUGCCUGUUACGGCGAUUCCGGAGGGCCGCUUCAGUGUUACAGGAACGGCAAGUGGCAUAUUAUUGGAAUAAUAUCAUACGGUUACAAAUGUGGGGAAUAUCCAGGAGCCUACGCAAACGUGAAUUAUUUCUACGAUUGGAUCCAAGACAAAAUAAACAACCAGUAACAAUUACA